AAUUAAGUAGCUUUGUCCAUAUGCAACAAUGGCUUUUGAAUUGGAUUUCUAAUGCUUCAGACUUCCACUCAAUGAUUCUCGCUGUUGCAGUUUGGCACAUUUGGGAGAAUAGGAACAGUAUAAGGAAUGGAGAAAAAAUGCCUCAUCCUUCUCGUGUGGUGGACAAAACGUAUGGGCAUUGGCGUCGUCAUCCGCAACCAUCUGGGUCUAAUGUUGGCAGAAAGCAGACGUUAUGUUGAUCAUGUUGAUAACCCAGAGCUUGGUGAAGCUAUCGCAAUGCGCCAUGCGUUGAUGUUCGCUGAAGAAAAUGGUUUCCAGAAAAUUAUCGUGGCUUCUGACUGCUUUAAUUUGAUAACCAAAGUGAGAAGCCAUGAGAAUGAUAGAUCACAUAUAGGUGCAUUAGUUUUUGAUAUUAAGAGUAGGGCUCCAAAGUUUACAUCUUGCUGUUUUACUCAUGUUAGUCGAUAUUGUAAUGAGGCCCCCCAUGUUCUAGCAAAAUCUGCUGAAUAUGAUGCAGGGUCCUGUUGGUUUAAUGAAAUACCUGAUGUUAUCAGGACCACUGUAUGUACUGAACAAGCUAGUAUGUACGAAUGAAUGAA